GUUUCUUCCGUUCUGGAGCUCUUGGGGAUUUUGUAUGUUUUUUGAAAAAUAUGAAUUUAGCUACCAAGGCAAAACUGUUCUAAUAUCUAAAAUUACCAAGACAUUUUUCGAAUAUGGUAUCUGUUUUAGGGCCUGAAUGGCAUAUUUCUGCCAGUGGAAGUGAUAUUAUUACAGAAAAUGGAGCUAUCAAAGAUAAGCAGAAGAUCUACCAAAAUGCACUGAACACGGACAUCAAAGAAAUGUGUUCAUCAGUAUUAUCCAGUGAGUUAUUGAAAAACAAUACCUCUAAAAUCGUCCUUCAAAUCCAGAAGGUGCGAAAUAUUUCAGCUCCCAAGGCUAAUGAAGAUUCCCAGGCAGCCCCACGAAUGUUAAAACUGAGCUUAUCUGAUGGAGAUACUUAUGUCCAAGCAUUAGAACUAUCCCCCAUAACCUCUAUCAGUAGGAACAACACUCCUCCUGGUACCAAAAUAGUUGUAAAUUGUGCCAAAGUAUGUUCAGGGUACCUUCUGUUGUCACCUAAUAACUGCACAGUCUUAGGGGGUAAAGUUCCUGCACUAAUUGAAAAAUGGGAAAUUGCCAAAAGUGUCCAAAGAACUAAUCGUAGAGGCUUAAAUGAUGAUGGUCCUCCUCCAUGGGUGAAUUUUGGAAAAAGAAUACAGUCAGGCAACCAAGAACCCAAUUUCAAAUCACUAGAAAACAAAAGUAAAGAGACUUCCAAAGAAAACGCUGAGUUUGAAGCCCAAAGACAGGGUGCCAUUGCUGAGGCAAAUUCUGGAGCUGUAAAAAAAGUUUUUGGAGGGAUGGUGAAGCAAAAUGUACAGCCCACUCAAAAUAAAGGUCCAGAUCGUUCAAGAGACAAAAGAGAAUCAUUCAGGAAUAAAAAUAGGGUUGAGAGAGAGGAUGAAUUAGAAAAACCUUUGAAACCAGAAAAAGUAUCUUUGUUUUCAUUUCUUGAAGACAAACUUCCUGGUUGUGACCCUAAUGAUGCUUCCAGCAAAGACGAUGACACUCUUUUUAGGAGAAAAAUGAAAAUUCCAAAAGAGUUUCAAAAGCCCAGAUAUGACGAUGCGAAAUUCGAAACUGAUACUUUCCCAAAGGUACAGAAAAAUAGUUAUUCAAGUGUAAAGCACUUUGAAAGUGUUCCUGUCAAACAGCAAAACCCAAUGGAUAAUAUUGGAUUUUAUAAAAACCAUAAGAAUCAAAAUUUGCCACAAGAUAACUCCAAGAAUCAUUUCAAUUCAGUUAAUGAAAAAUACCAACCAAAAACUCACAAUUCUAACUUGCGAGAACAAUCUGAUAGACCUCAGAAAAAACCCUAUGAUAAUCGAGGAUAUAACAGUCGCACUGGUCAGAGUGAGACUUUUGACACCCAAAAACCCCAUGAAAACCGAGGAUACAACAAUCGUUUUAAUCAGAAUGAUGUUUUUGAUACCAAAAAACCCUAUGAUAACCGAAGAUAUAACAAUGGCAUUAGUCAAAAGGAGGCUUCCAAUUCACAAAAACCCUAUGAAAAUCAAGGAUACAAUAGUCGCACUAGUAAAAAUGAGGUUUUUGAUACGAAAAAAAAUUAUGAUAACGGAGGGCAUAAAAAUGGAGUUAGUCAGAAUGAGGCUGCCAAUACACGAAACCCGAAUGAAAACCGAGAUUAUAACAAUCACAAUAAUGAAAGUGAGGCUGCUGACUCACAAAGGCUCAACAACCCUAAUACCAACAGAACCCAGCCAAAACAGAGUGACAAUAAAAAUACUCAACUGAAUCGAAAUAAAUAUCAAAACCAGAAUGAAUAUGGCAAGUCAAGUCAUAAAUCAAGAGAAAACGAUAAUCAACGGAUCUAUGAGAAACCUCAAAAAUCAUUCAUCCCUCCGAAUCCCACAAAUAAUCAUGACCAAAGCAAUACAAAUCAGAAUAAGGGAAAUAUGGAUGACUUGACUCAAGGAAUGGAAAAAAUUACUGUUAACAGUCAGUUUGCUAGUAGGAGCAUUAGGCAGCAUCUCAAUCUGGGAGGUCAGAAAAAGAACGAGGAAAAUUUGAAAAAAAAUGAAGAAACCAACUCUUUGACUUGGAAUAUAGGAGAUGAAUGCUUGGCCAAAUAUUGGGAAGAUGGAAAAUUUUAUGAAGCAACUAUAAUGGCUAUUACUGAUAAAACCGUGGCGGUAAAAUUCAGAGGUUAUGGUAAUAUUGAAGAAAUCCUUACUGAUGAUUGUUUACCAACGAAACAUAGUAAUAUUAGCAAGGAACAUCAAGGAGAACAAAACAGAAAAUAUGAACAGAAUAGCAGGUCCUAUUCAGGUUCAAUGCAGUUUAGGAGAACGCCGAAAAAUAAUUAUAAUAAUUGGUAAUUCAACAGUCAAUUGGCCAAAACGUGAAAAUUGGUAAACUGGUCAUAGAAAUUAUUUUGUUUGGCACUAACAAUAAUGUUUUAAUAUUAUAAUUAUUAUUGCCUAUAGUCAUUAAAUCAAACUAAUUUAUUUCAGAGAACUACUGUUUUAAAAAAUACUCUUUAUUUUGACAAUAUAAAAUGU